UUUAUGUUCCUUCUUAAUUUCUAAAGAGAACUAGAGGGAGAUAAAACUGGCCACUGGAGAGACCAUAACUCUAUGCUGCCUGGGACCUCUCAGCUACCCACAGAGGCCAACAUGUCUUGGGUCCUGCUUUCUGUCCUGUGGUUCAUCAUUCAAAGCCAAGUGAUCGAUACAACGUCAACCCCCAAGUUAAAGCUCCAUGAAAUAGUUCAACCUAAAAAACUACCUAUUGCACAUACAAGAGGAAUUGAGAGCAACGAGACAAAGAAGAGUGAAGAGGAAAGAUAUGCACCUGAAGUUCAAUAUCAGAUCAUACUAAAUGGAGAAGAAAUCACCUUUCACCUAAGGAGAACCAAUCAUCUUCUGGGACCAGACUACACUGAAACAUCUUACUCAUCCAGAGGAGAAGAGGUGACCAGAAGCUCUCAGGAUGCGAAACCCUGCUACUAUGAAGGCCACAUCCUGAACUCAAGAGGCUCUCUUGCCAGCAUCAGUACGUGCGAUGGGUUGAGAGGGUUCUUCACUCAUCAUAAUCAGAGAUAUCAAAUAAAGCCUCUACAAAGCUCAGACGAAGGAGAACACGCCGUUAUUCCAAACAGCCAGGAGAAACCAGACACAGCUAAUUACAAGCAGGGUAAGAAGGACGUUGGCAGGAAACGAAGCCAUCUUCGAACUUCUAGGUCACUCAAAAGCUCAAAUGCAGACUUACUUCAAGGACAGAAGUACAUUGGUCUCUUCUUGGUGCUGGACAAUGCCUAUUAUAAGAUGUUUAAAGGGAAUGUAACCCAGAUGAGGAGCUUUGUGCUUGAGGUGCUGAGUCUGCUCAAUGUGAUUUAUAAAACCAUAGAUAUUCAAGUGUCUUUGGUACGCAUGGAAAUCUGGUCUGAUGGUGAUAAGAUAAAGGUGGAACCCAACACUGGUGCCACAUUAAAAAACUUCAUGAGAUGGCAUUAUUCUAACCUGGGAAAAAAGAUCCAUAACCAUGCCCAGCUUCUCAGUGGAAUUGGCUUCCUUGGUGGACGUGUAGGAAUGGCAGCUGCAAGCUCCUUGUGUACUACGUCUUCAGUGUCGGUUAUUGAGGCUAAAAGAAAGAAUGCUGUGUCUCUCGUAGCAAUAAUGUCACAUGAGUUGGGUCACGCCCUAGGCAUGCAGGAUGUUCCAUACUAUACCAAGUGUCCGUCUGGCAGCUGUGUGAUGAAUCAGUACCUGAGUUCGAAAUUCCCGAAGGACUUCAGUACCGCGAGCCACUCACGUUUUCAAAGAUUCCUUUCAUCUAGAAAUACAAGUUGUCUGCAGCUGGCACCUAAUCCUAAAAAUAUAAUAAAGCCAACAUGCGGGAACCAAGUUCUGGAAACGGGAGAAGACUGUGACUGUGGCUCUCCUGAGGAGUGUACUGAUCUCUGCUGUGAGCCUCUGACUUGUCAGCUGAAAUCCCAGCCUGAUUGCAGAGAAGAAGCAUCCAACCACAUCACAAAAUGAUCCAGUGUCUACUUCACCGAGGAGCUACUUUGCCAGGACAAGAACCUGACUACCCCAGGGAACUUCCUAGUUUCACUUUGUGCUUCUGUAUAGACAGGCCUCUGUAUGCCGUGUUCUGUGUGCAUCUCACAGAUUCAAUGACUAAACAAGAAGAUCCUGAAAUAUGCUUGUAUCUGUAGUGAUUAUGUAGACAGUAGACAUUUUCUUCUCGUUAUUCCCUACAUAAUACAGUAUAACAACUAUUUGCAUAGCACUUUUGUUGUUUCAGUGUUAGAAGUAGUCUAGAGAUGACAAAAUAUUUAGAAAAAUUUCAGUGGCUGUUUGUAAAUAUACUCCAGUUCUUAAAAAGGACCUCCAGAGAUUUUAUAUGUGUGGUCCUGGAGCCAGUCCCUAGUGGACACAGAAGCAAGACCUUUGCUUUUCUCUUUCCAUUCUGCUUUCUGUGUUUCUACCAGCCCAACCAACAGGUCAAUAGCUGCACUUAGCAAUGCUGUCUAUACGUUCAUGUCUUAUCUGCAGUGUGAAUAGGAGAACCCUGAAAGUGUUUCGAUCUUCGGAGAACAAAAGAAAUGAACCUUUGCUGAAAUACUCCACACACUCCAUUGAAUUAUUAAAUUAACAUCAAAUCGCAAACUGAAAAGUGAUUUAGCUCUAAAUCUCUUUGCUAGUGAACAGUGGGGAGAAAAAAUGCCACCUACUGAGGGAGGGUGGUAGCAGAAAAGAGAGCAGAGUCACAGGCCCUGGCUGUCCCUCAACACCCAUUUUGUCUAACAUCCUAUAUGGGCCCAUGCUUUUCUGUCUUGUGGGGAUAUUGGUUACAUUCAAACACUUUCUAUGAGAGCGAAGAUGAUUGCUCACACAUUUAUCUAUUGUGAGAGGUCUGUGUUGUUUGCCUCUUAGAGGAAAUGGAAAGGUAAGGCUUCAUUCAUUGGUUGAUGUAAUAAAUCAUGCUACUAACAAAACAAUGAAU